UGCAAUUUCUGCAGGACUGCCAGACGGCAUGGGAUGAGUUGUUGCCUGGUUGGGGGGGCGCCCAUCCGGACUGCAGCAGUGCACAGGGCAUCACAUGUGACAGCAACGGGAUGAUCUUGGAGAUGAGUCUACCUGAGCUCAGUCUAAGCGGGUCCAUCCCGGAUUCCAUCAGCGCCCUCCGAGAGCUCUCUCUUCUAUAUCUUAUAAAAAAUUGGUGCACUGCCACAAUCCCCACUACAAUCGGCGUCCUCACAAACCUGCAGCAACU